GAAGCUUCUUUACAGACAUUUAUUCAUCGCAAAUUCUCGAUUUAAUAUGAAGCAUAGACAAAUCUCAGCAUGAAUUAUCGUCGGCUCAAUGCCUGACUUAUUCGGCGGCUUCUAAGGGUUGUUCAGAACAGAUUUUAGAGCAUCGGGCCAUCGUAGAUCUUUGGAAAUCAUGGAGAAAGUGGAGGUUUUUGAGGUUGUGAAAGUAACUGAGGAGGUGGAGAGCUGCUACAACCAAAUGGCAAUGACGACCCCCAAAAAGAGGAAGAGUAAAGGUCAAGAAGACAAUGUUGAGAAACCUAAGAAGCCUAGGUCUGCCUACCUGCUAUACUACUUUGAUGUGCACCAGGUUAUGCAACAGGAAAUCCCUAAUCUGCCACAGUCAGAGAUCAACAAGCGCAUCAGUGAGAGCUGGAAAAGGCUCAGCGUAGCUGAGAAAGCCUACUAUCUGGAGAAGGCCAAGUCCGAGAAGGAGGGCAUAGACACUUCGUCCCUCAGCCCUUCCAAAGACCUGCCAGGCUUCCGCAAAAUCCUCCCCAGAGCCAGUUACUUUCUCUUGUCUAAAGGCUGCUCUCCAAACCACCAGCCGGGAGCCUCUCAGUCAGAGGUGACCGUGGAGUCUGUGGACCCUCCAGUGGAGGGAGGCCUGCCCUCUGUCUCUCUCGCCCAAGAGCCCCAGUUCACACCUCUUGGGUUGGCCGGUGAGGUGGAACUUACCGAGCAGCCUGUCGUCGUUGAUGACAUAGCAGAGGAAAUGGCAGUGGUGCCUCAUCUCACGUACCCCCAAGGAAUCCCACCCUCCUCUUCCUCUUCGGCCUCAUUCAAAGCCCUGGCUGCCACGGAUGUCCAUGUCUCACAGGGCUCUGCCGACCUUAUGGCCGGUGGGGUCACGCUGAAGGGAAAUGAGACAAGAACUGCUGGCGGUGGUUAUGUUGGGCCGACGGUGCAGCAGAUACAGGGAGAGGCUACGCAGGUGGUUGCCAUCAUACCCACCCAGAACCUGCUGGAGCCCAAGCCUUUGGCAGGUGUCAGCACUAUGGGCCCAGUGAUGAUGGUCUCUGUAGGAGCCAGCAUUGAACAGAGUGCCAAACCUUCAUAUAAGAUGUCUGUGAAGACAUACACCAGGAGAGGUCGAGGGAGGUGUUUAAAUCCUGGAUGUUCAUUUGUUUAUGUCACCCGCCACAAGCCACCAACGUGCCCUGAGUGUGGGAGCCACUUAGGCGGAAAGUGGAUACCUGCUGAAAAGAAGACACAAGAGAAAGAAGCUGCGUCCAAGCCACACAAAGCUGAGGCCAAGCAUAAAGACAGCUGUCAGCCCGCACCUCCUGCUGCUCAGGAGGGAAGUGCCGAUGUCAGUAAAACAAACGCCACUGGGAGCAAAAAAGAAGGGCGAGUUCAACGGUGCGCCAGGAAGCAGCAUGCAGUUCCUGCAGGGAAGCCACCAGAGGGCAGCAGCACCCAGGAGCAGGAACAGACGAAACAGGUGAAAGACAGUCUUAAGGGUGCAACAGUCCCAGGUCAAGACAGAAGCAGUGCCGCUGUUCAGAAGAGGCCUGUGAGACCCAUCCUUCCUGCCUACUACACCACAGGCCGCACUGUGUUCCAGAUCUUAACUGUCCCAUCUGACAAAGGAAAAGUUCAGAGUGCAAACAACAAUAAAUCAUCCGCUGUGCCUCGAGAGAGCUUCUCAGGUCUCAAACCCAGCACUUUAAAGCAGCUUGGCCAGACGGUCCCGACAACCACAGCCAAGCAGGAUUCUUCUGUCCCAGCAGAUGCAAGCCAGCCUGUGUCUUCUUUGGCUGACAGGGGAAUGAAUAUCCUGUCAUUGGUGCCUUUCAAACAACAACACACUGUUUCCAGCUUUGAUUUGGGGCUGUCUACAGCACGAGGACGGGGUCGGUGCAAGAACCUGUCCUGUGACUACAUGUAUAAGAACAGACACAAACCUGCAGUGUGCCCUAAAUGUGGCUGCGAGUUGACCCAGAAGAAUGCCAAGGGAGCAAAGGCUGUGACUCUGCUCGAUCCAUACAAGGCCCUGAGUCCCGCCCAGAAGGACAUCCAACGGCAAAAUACCUUGCAGUUACUGCACCGUUCCCUGCAGAUUCCUGAGAGCGAGACUGAGCUCGAGGAAACGUUGAAACUCAUCCAGGAGCUCAACUGUCUGCAGAUCGUCCUGGUUCAGCCGGGCGACCAGGACCACAAGGACAGCGUAGAGACAGAGACGCUGGUCGAAUCUGGAUGGCCUCGGUUCUACGAAUCCGCUGCGACUCACUGUGGCCUGUGUAACUACCCUCUCUUCAAAGGAGGUCAGAGUACUGUCGCAGGACAAGAGGACUGCUGGCUGCUCACUGAGACACUCAUCCAGACUGCCUCCCUCCAGCUCAAGGUGUGUCUCAACGUUCAGUGUCUGGCCCUGCACAGCUUCACUGACCUUCAUCCAGGUUUGUUCAACAUUGGUAACAGACUGCUGGUUAGCAUCGACCUCUUCCUGAAGGUCAGGGCCAGUAUCAAACUGGGCCAACCCCCCUCUCAGGCAGCCAGGUUUAUAUUAGACCACAUCCCCAGUCACCCUGUCCACACCCUGAAUCCAAAGGAGUUAUCUCAAAUUCAGGAGCUCCUCCUGAGUGGCUACUGGGCCUUUGAGUGUCUGACCGUGCGCGAUUACAACGACAUGAUCUGCGGCAUUUGUGGUGUUGCUCCCAAGCUGGAGAUUGCACAGCGCUACUCGAACAACGUACUGGAGCUGCAGAACGUGGAGUUUACCUGGCCUGAGUUUUCAGUCUCCGACGAGGUGCAUGUGGAUGAUUUCUGGCUGACCAUGGAAAGUGAGGCCAUCGAACAAGCUACUUUCCCCACCGACAUCCCCAACACACGUGUGGACGCGUCUAUCAUCGCGCCCUUCAUCCCCCCACUGAUGAGGAGUCCCACUGUUAUCAACACAGAGAAGGACAAGGUCCUGUCGCACACGCCGCCGCCCUCAGGAGAUCCGUCGGUUUUAGUGCGUCUCAUUCAUGAUGGUCAGCUGAGACUCGACAAAAUUGGAGAUCACAGUGAGAACGAGCUGAGAACAAUACUGGACCGCUGCGGGGCGAGCAUCACCCCAGACGCCACUAAGAAUGAGCUGCUGGCCUCCCUGAUCUCCUUGUACACACUUGUUCAUAGUGGCCUCACCACAGCCCCACAGCCCCCUACACACCUCACCGCUGGCAAGCUGUCCAAGGUCUGUCCCCACAAGGUGGUGUGCGGCUCGAAAUACUUGGUGAGAGGAGAGACGGCUCGAGACCACGUAGACCUGCUGCUGUCCUCUCGGUACUGGCCCCCAGUCUACGUCAGUGACUGUGCUCGUCAGGUGGCGCUCUGUGCUGACAUGCAGUACCCAGAGCUGGCAACCCAGAUGUGGGGCAGGAACCAAGGCUGCUUCUCUGACCCUUUCGAAAAGCCAGAGUUUGUGUCGUGCGCUGAGCUACAAGACCAGCCCUACAGCGCUGACCUGGUGCUGGUAGCAGAGAACCAGCAGGUCCACCCCAUCACCAAAUCCUCUUGUUGCUGGCUGGUUCAUCCUCCUGGAGCUGCCCAGGCGCCUCCUGCUCUUCCUUCAGAGCACCACUCCAUGGUCCUCUGCAGAGAUCUGGAGCCCUACGUCAGCCUGAUGGCUGAGCUGGAGAAAGAGAAGGAGGAGGAUGAUGAUGAGGGCGCAGGACAGAAAGAACAGACGGACAAAGCUGAGAAUGAUUCAACGGAGAAAUCAGACGACUGUCCCUCGGUAAGCCGUGUGCGGCGGCAACCUGUGGUCUUUAACAACACUGCUUAUUACUACCUGUACAACCGCCUGGUAGAUUUCUUCACCAGCAGGGACAUCGUGAGCCAUCAGAUCAACCAAGUGGUGAAGGCCUGCCAGCCUGGGGAGGUAGUGAUCAGAGAUGCCCUGUACAGACUGGGGGUGGCACAGAUCAACACAGAGAAAGAGGAAGAUGAAGGAAGUGGGAUGGAGGGGCAGACACAAGAGGGAGGGACGGAGAUGUAUGAGGUCGUGCUGUCUGAAUAGAAGUGUUCAGGAUGGACAGUCAGAGGAGAGGGAUGGACUGGAUGUCAAAGAUGGCUGCAUGCAGAGACAGGAGUGCAGACAAAUCAAGAGGCUAGAGGACCCUGAGGAAAGUGUUGCCAGAAGGAUCCAGGAGUUAGGAAGCGAUAUGGCGCUCACCCCCAAUAAUAAGCAGAAUAAGAAGAAUUAUUCCGGAGCACCGGCCUGCACAGCAGGGCAUCUAAUCAGCUGAAUAUUGUUGUCAGGUUUUACUGAUGUGAGGAAAGAGGCUGAAUUUGGGUAAAGUGAGUUGAAUUUUGCAGGAAUGGACCUUUUGCAGUCAUUGAAAAAAGUGGAGAGUGGUCAAUCGUGUUUAUUAAGAUGCUAAAAAACAAAACAAACAUUUACAAUGUCUUCGUUGAACCAUAUCUAAAUGCAGUAACAGUGAGUGCCAGAGUCAAGUCAUAAAAGUCAAGGUGAUGCAGGCUGAAUGUCACAAUUAACAUUUCAAAUGACUAAAGAAUGUAAACGUGUUUCGUGUCUUUUACCAACAGGGUGCUAAGAGUUAAAAGUAAGUGUGAAGUUUGCAGUUAAAUUCAAAGCUCUCCUGUGACUGAAAGAAUGUAAACAGGAUUUUAAUAUCUCAGCUGCUUCAAGCCUAAAUGUAUAUAUUUAAUCAUGAAGGAAAUGUAUUUAUUUCCCUUUUAUGUCCACAGACGUGUCUGCUUUACGUUCCACACACGUUACCUCUCACCUGCCACUUGUUGCCUUUUGGACUGAUGCUUGCAUUUGAAACGUGACAAUAAAAUGUGUAUGUGUGCACUGUGCUGAAUCAUCACGUGGGGAUGGUGGUGACCUUUGGCCUUGGCUUUGUUUUGCAUUACAUUUUCUUCUCAUGAAGAUCCAUUCAAUCUCUUGUCUCCCUGUCGACCAAUCAGCAGCCAGCCUUUUAGAGUAAACUGAAGAUACUGAAUAGAUCUGCCUGCAUGAAGCACAUCAGAGAGAUUGCUGUUUUAUUCGUACUGUCACUAUUAGCGAUUCAGAU